GCGGGCCUCGCCGGGCGACUCCGCCUCAGCGCGGCGGCCGCGGGGGGACUUUGAAAAGUUGCGAGCCGGGGCCCGGCGCUGUCGGACGCCUCGGGCUUGUGGUGUGGUUGCGUGCCGGCGCGGCUCGCUCCGGCAGGGCCGAGCCUCCGGUUGCCGCUGGAGCUCGGGUGUCGGAGGGCGUAAAGCCGCGUUAGGCGCUCCAGAUGAGGCGGUAGUUUCAGGCUCUCCUGCGGCACCCGUGUCGUUCGGUGUAAACCAAGUGAGUAUGGCUGCUAAGAAGCUGAGAAGAGCAAAGUUGUCUCAGGAGCUGUGUGAAAGACUAAGCCGCUAUCAGAUCACUACCUGCCAGGACUUCUUAUGUCUUUCACUCUUGGAGCUAAUGAAAGUGACAGGACAGAGUUACAGAAAUGUGCAGAAGCUUCUUCGGAAGGUCAGCCUCGCUUGUGCUCCCAAAAUGCAGACAGCUUAUGAAAUGAAAAUGAGGAGGGCUGUCAAUCCCUCUGUAGCCUUUUUACCCACCUCACUGCAUAGUCUGGAUAAAGUCUUGCAUGGUGGAAUACCUUGUGGAUCCCUCACAGAGUUAACAAGCCCACCGGGUUGUGGCAAAACUCAGUUUUGUAUUACAAUGAGUGUUCUGGCUACGCUGCCUGUAAGCAUGGGAGGACUAGAUGGGUCUGUUAUAUACAUUGACACAGAGUCUGCAUUCAGUGCUGAAAGGUUGAUAGAGAUAGCAGGAAACAGAUUCCCUACUUAUUUUGACUCCGAUGAAAAGCUAUUUUGCAUGACCCGUAGCAUUCAUCUGUAUCGAGAGCUGACCUGUGACAGUGUACUGAAGAGAAUUAAGUCUUUAGAAGAAGAAAUUAUUUCAAAGAAGAUUAAGCUCAUAAUAAUUGACUCUGUAGCUUCAGUUGUCAGAAAGGAAUUUGACACAAAACUCCAAGGCAAUCUGGCAGAGAGAAGUAACUUUCUGGCUAGAGGAGCAUCACUGUUGAAGUAUUUGGCAGAGGAGUUCUCAAUACCAGUUAUCUUGACGAAUCAGAUUACCACAUCGUUGAGCAAUGGCCUUGCAAUCCCAGCAGACCUAGUGUCUCCAGCUCAUGAUUUGUCCCUGUCUGAAGUUUCAGGAACUUCUGGAAGUGGGAAGAGGGAAUCUGCUUGUGUGACAGCAGCCCUUGGUAACACGUGGAGUCACAGUGUCAACACCAGGCUCAUCCUGCAAUAUCACGACUUGCUGACAAGAUCCUGGUUGCAAAAUCCCCUGUUGCUCCAUUUUCCACAUUUUUCUACACCAUUGAGAAAUCAGGCUUGGUUCUUCAAGGACCUGAUGCAUUCUGAGCGUUAGAAUCUGAACGUGCAGUUUGAUUGCCAAAGGGAACUGCUGGAAGCUGUCAUUCCUUGCACUGAGGAGGGGAGAGCGAUGCAGAGAUCCAGCGGUUAGCUCCGGUCUAAACCUGUACAUCCUCACAGUGCAGCGCUGUGUGGACAGGCACAUUUGAAUAGCGCUUCACAGAAAUGGGAAAGCUUUGCCUGAGGGUAGGCUUAUUAGCACAGGGAUAGCCUUGCAAACAAGGUUCCUGCUGCUUUGGCCCCAGCACUGUUUGUCUUUGAAACUUUCUCUGUGUUUCUAGGAUUAGUUCAGCAGGAACAACCUCAGUUAUCUCAGCGUCUGAUGUGUAGACUUGCCCUGCCUUCAAAACUGGAUUAACCACAAAACUUAAAUUAUUUUAUCACGUAGGCUUCAGUCUCUCUUGAUGAGAUGAAAUAUAUGGCACUUUAAUGCAGACAGACAUAUAUGAUACACCCUCCCAACAAACAGGUUUUUACUUCAAAAGGUUUCUCUCAUUACAGUCUUCCCUAAAAUUAAUAAC